GGGAGUUCUGUGUCUGGUUGGCGAUGGCGCGCACGAAGCAGACGGCGCGUAAGUCGACGGGCGGGAAGGCGCCCCGCAAGCAGCUGGCCACCAAGGCGGCCCGCAAGAGCGCGCCGGCCACGGGCGGCGUGAAGAAGCCGCACCGCUACCGGCCCGGCACGGUGGCGCUGCGCGAGAUCCGGCGCUACCAGAAGUCGACGGAGCUGCUGAUCCGCAAACUGCCCUUCCAGCGCCUGGUGCGCGAGAUCGCGCAGGACUUCAAGACCGACCUGCGCUUCCAGAGCUCGGCCGUCAUGGCGCUGCAGGAGGCCAGCGAGGCCUACCUGGUGGGGCUCUUCGAGGACACCAACCUCUGCGCCAUCCACGCCAAGCGCGUCACCAUCAUGCCCAAGGACAUCCAGCUGGCCCGACGCAUCCGCGGCGAGCGCGCCUGAGGCUCCCGACGCUGCCCCUCCCUGGCUCCAGCACACACCGAGGCAGCCCACACAGACCCAAAGGCUCUUUUAAGAGCCACUACAUCAACAAUAAAAGGAGCUGUAACGCCUUAUAAGCGGGCAGAAUGGAGGUUUGUCCGUCGCUGUGAUUGCCCAGAACUCGAACCUGCUUUGAGGUAGAAGGGAUCGAGGGGGAAGGGCUUGUGAAGGGGACCGUGGGUGGGACGUGGCUCUGCCCCGGACGGGCUCGGGCUGAGGAAUUCUGCACCUUUAACCCUCCUGGCUGGUUGGGUCUAGGCAAGAGCAGACACUUCCUGCAGCUCGCUGGAACUCCUGCUGUCGAACCUGGCCAAGGAGGCCUUCUAAAGGGGGCUGUCCCCUUGCUCCAGCAUUUAUUAAUGCCGGGAGCAACAGUGUUUGUCUCAAAAAAAGAUGGAUGACCACGCUGAUGAGACUGGGUGCUGGGGGCUUCUUUCUCACAGCAGAGAAACCUACUUAAAAUGGCCGAGAAACUGUGAUUGGAAUGUAUGGUACACAGCAAUAACUAUCAGAUUUGUUACUAUUGAUAAUUAAAAAAACGUGGAAAAAUUUUGUCUAGUUACUGAUUUACUUAUUUUCUAAGUGGGGUGUUCCUGUAUUUCUGUUAAGAGUUGUAUUAUAAUCUUGGGUUGGAAAUUUGUGUAUUCUUCCAAUAUUGAGUGUACUGUAUAAUGUAAUGUAUUUGUCUCUGAACUUGUACUUCCCCAGAGAUUGAGCACAAGUUUUCUGACAAGCGAUCAGAAAAUAUGUUAAAUUUGUUAGCUUUCUGCAGUCAGAUUUCUAGGAUUCUUCAGAAGAUACUGCCAGGAUAUAAUUCUAUGUAUUCAUGUACCUUUCAAACGUCCUUUGCUCGAAUCAUUACUGAGACAAGCACGCAGGAGUGACAAAAAAAUGAGCCUAAAAAAAGAAGGGGGCAAAGUUAAAAAUUAGGUCUCAGAUUCCUAUGAGAAAGUAGUUGUUUUUUCUCCCGUUAUAUUGGGAAAGAUCUUCCCAGCUGCCAAAGCUCAUGGUUGGUGCUUGGGAUGUACUGGGUAGCACUGAGGGGAGCCAUUAGAAGGCAGAGGGGUCACCUCUUGUCAUUAGAAGGUUCUGAACCUCAUUUGUGUGCUUUCUCUUAGCCAUCCUUGCUGCAUUGGGGACACAAUCUGUCAGAGACAGCAUCAUGAAUGAGAAAAAAAAAAAAAGGUGCAAAUACUUGCCAAGUGUAGCAAUCAGCCAAGAUUAAGGUUUGUUUGGGGGGUUCUUUCCUCUUCUCUUUUUUUUUCCUUCAUUUUUUUCCUCCCACAUAAAGUCCCUCAACAAGUCUGCUGAUCUUCAUGGCACUAGAUUGAAACCAGGUUGCAAUGGAAGUGGAGAGGUGCAAUGUUACCAAGUGAUGAAUGGAAUGGCUGUGCAGUCUGCAGUGAACAGUGGAGCUAAUCUAUUUUUUUAUUUCAUUUCUUUCGAACAGAAUGUAUACUUUUUUGUUAUUUUAUUUUUAAUACAGAUUUCACUUCUAUUUAUGUAUUUGUAUGUAAAUUAAACAUUUUUUGGUAUGUGUAAUGAAUAAAAGAAACUCAAGUGUGGGAGACUGGCUAGCUGAGAAGGGUCAGCUAGCCCAGCAAGAGCUUAAUAAGCACCGUAUUCAGCUUAUCUAGCUCCCAAUAACUGCAAGGCCUUGAAGUUGUUCUUCUGGCCUUGAAGGCAGCUGUGGUCCAACAACAGAAUGUCUGUGAUAAGGUAAACAUGUAACUGUAAGAAAGGAAUUUCGGGUGGAACUGUCUUUUUAGAACUAACCAAUAAUGAGCUCUCAUUUUGCAAUAUGUAUGAGCUAAUUAUGAGUGUGCAUAAAAGAAUGGUAGUGUGUCUAAAUAAACGAAGCUUGCUGGUCACUCAUAUUGAGUGCUCAUGUCUUCCCUCCGUCGCAACACUCAAGUGAUACAGAGAAAAAAUACUGGCAGGCUUGGAAAUUGAAGUUUUAUGCUAUAACAUAACUGAGACUUCUGCAUUGCUUUUAGAGGCAGCACGACGUGAGAAUACUUUGCACUUCAAGCCUUGGGAGUGAAGAACACCUUCCAAUAGAAGUUCUAUGUUCUCUUAGAAGUCUGAUGACAAAAGCAUAACCUCUGUCCUUGCUUCUACUGUUGUUGUCCUGCAGCAUAGUUAAUGUUAACCAGAAAGAAA